AUGUGGCACGCCAGGCUGUCAUCCAGCCUGCAGGGCUGUCGGUGGGUGUUGGACUUUGGCAAUGGGGGAGUGAAAUUUGGAAACAGUGGGUUGUUUGUUUGUUUGUUUUCAGUUGUGUUGAUUGGAGACUCUGGGGUUGGGAAGAGUAAUCUCCUAUCACGUUUCACACGCAAUGAGUUCAACCUGGAGAGUAAGAGCACCAUUGGGGUGGAAUUUGCCACCAGGAGCAUCCAGGUGGAUGGGAAGACGAUAAAAGCACAGAUCUGGGACACUGCAGGGCAGGAACGAUACCGUGCCAUCACCUCAGCAUAUUACCGAGGUGCUGUGGGGGCCCUUCUUGUCUACGACAUUGCAAAACAUCUGACUUACGAGAAUGUGGAGCGUUGGCUAAAAGAAUUGCGGGAUCAUGCAGAUAACAACAUUGUCAUCAUGCUGGUGGGAAAUAAGAGCGACCUGCGCCAUCUGAGAGCUGUGCCCACUGAUGAGGCCCGGGCUUUUGCAGAAAAAAAUAACUUAUCUUUUAUUGAAACUUCUGCCCUGGAUUCAACAAAUGUAGAAGAAGCCUUCAAGAACAUUCUCACAGAAAUCUACCGCAUUGUUUCGCAGAAGCAAAUUGCAGAUCGAUCUGCUCAUGAUGAAUCUCCUGGCAACAACGUGGUUGAUAUCAGUGUCCCACCAACCACCGAUGGACAGAAAUCCAACAAACUCCAGUGCUGUCAGAAUCUGUGACCUUCUGUAGAUGAUUUGUGCCCCUUUCUUCGUCUGUGUUUCAGUUAGAAACUUAUGUGCACUUCUUAUCUCCUGUGAUUCGGUGACUCCCUCUGUUCCUUUUUCACAUCCUGUCUCCAAACUCCUCCUUUCAUCCUAGAGCUUUAAUUGUAGGGCUAACAUUCCCUUAUCCCUAAAAUUCCCUUUGAAUGUGAUGACUUCUGGGCUUGAAAUGUAGGCACUGAUCUGAUAGACAUGUUUAUGGUGGAACAUCUGCUGCUGGAUAUCAUCCCAUGAAACUCCCCUCAAAUGUAUAUUUUUUUUUUUUGUGGGGGAGGAUGAAUGGGGGUUUGAUUAUAACAGUUGAAGAAAUAACUACACUUAAGUUUUAGUUUUCUCUGAUAGUCAGGUUUUUCAGUCCCAUAUGUUCCCUUUAGUCAUUGGGGAGAAAUUAAGAAGGUAACGAUUCUACCAAACAUUCUGUUUUCUCUCCUGAUGGAGUACCACACAGUGAGGUUAUUAGUAGCUGCACACACAUAAGAAAGCUGUUGAGAAUAACAUUACUUAUAAAUCCCCCAAAUGCAGUUAGUCUGGCUGUGUAGUUUACUGCUUCCUGCCUGGGAUGUCUUUCUCUAGUCUUAAUUUUGUUUUGUUUGGGAACAAUCUAGUAUGUCUGCAUUGCAUUCUCUGCCACCAUGGAUGCCUAUGCAGCUAUGUGCAGGCUGUAUGAAGUGGCUUAGUAUUUAUUCUUGGCUUUGUUAAACAAUUAACAUUACUGUACAGUAAAUGCCAGCAUAUUGAUUUUAAAACCUUUUUGCAACUUGUAGAUCUAGGUUCAUUUUGUACUGUAGGCUAGUGUCCAAA